AUCUUUGUUUGUUGUCAUGGUGGCCACAUCCUUCGCUCUCGCUAUUUCGUUGACCGAGAAAAGAAGUAUGGAAAGUCUACCGAAUAUAAUUUGUUUGUCUGAGGACGUUUCAAAAGCUUGUUAACUUUUCAUUCCUCUCCUUCGCCACCACCAAAUCUCCACAAUGUCGUCGAAACCUAGCCAUAAAUUCCUCCACGGACCACCACUUAUAGCAGCCAUUACCUCCGUCUGCUCAGCUGGCUUCCUCCUCUUCGGAUAUGAUCAAGGUGUCAUGUCCGGCGUUGUAAUAUCAUCCUACUGGCUUUCUAGUAUGGGAAAUCCAAGUACAUUAAUGAUUGGAACAAUAACGGCACUUUACGAUGUGGGUGCUAUAUUCGGAGCCAUCGCUGCUGCAUUUACCACAGAAGACCUAGGGAGAAAAAGAACACUUCUCCUGGGGGCAUUUAUUGUAAUGGUAGGGGGUGUAUUAAUGGGGAGUUCUUAUGAAAGGGUGCAAUUUAUGGUUGCACGCGUGAUUACAGGCAUCGGAAUCGGAUAUGUUACCAGUGUAACACCCGUUUACCAAAGCGAGAUUUCGGCCGCGGCGCAGAGAGGUUGGCAGGUUUGUUGUCAAUUGAGCACUAUGCUUUUCGGCCUCAUGUUGGCUUAUUGGAUUAAUUAUGGGGUUUAUUUUCGGAAAUCUGAGCUGCAAUGGCGAUUUCCUUGCUUUUCAAUGUAUCUUUGCGGUUUAUAUCUUAGUGGUUACGGUCUGGUUACCGGAUACGCCGAGAUGGUUGAUAAGGCAUGAUGGAAAUGAGGAUAGAGGGCUCCUGGUGUUAGCUAGCUUGAAAGGCGUGGGCAUUGAUGAUGUUGGGGUUCAGAAGGAGAAGGAGGAGAUUAUGGGGGCGAUUAUGAUUGAAGAGAAGGAGGAAGGCACGUGGGGAGAUCUAUUUAGGGACAAUGGUAUUAAGGCUAACAAAAGAUUUUAUCUGGCUUUGGGGAUCCAGUUUAUGCAGCAGAUGAGUGGUGAGUCUGUCUUGAUGCGUAACAUAUCUUCGUGGUCUAAUCUUCAUUUCAACAGGUAUUAACAUCGUGACUUAUUAUGCUCCUACCCUAUUUCAAAAUAGUCUGGGGAUGAGUCAAGAAAGGUCACUUUUUUUAGGAUGUUUUUUACAAUUAUUUUAUAUCAUUGCAUCAUUCCUUACAGUUCGUCAUCACUCCAGAUCCCCAUAUACUAUCCCGAUGUUCACCCCUUUCAAAAGCUAACCAAAACAGUGGUGGACCAUCGACCGUGUGGGCCGUCGCAAACUCUUUAUAACUAACGCCAUCGGAAUGUGUCUCGUCCUCAUUGCCGAAGCGAUCUGUGUUUCCCUCGAAACACCUACAGCCAGCAUCCUUGCGGUGAUAUUCAUCUUUGCCUUUGAAGCUUGCUUUACAUGGGGAUGGAUGGCCACAGUUUGGAUUUAUCCCCCUGAAAUCCUCCCCUUGAAAAUCCGCGCAAAAGGUGCUUCUUUAGCCGCAGCCGCCGAUUUCCUUGGCAACUUUCUAGUCGUGGAAAUUACACCGCCGGCCUUGGAGAAUAUUGGGUAUAAGACCUAUGUUAUUUUUGCGGUGUUGAAUGUGGUGAAUGCCGCCAUUGUGUGGUGUUUUUAUCCCGAGACGGCGGGACACUCGCUGGAGACUAUUGAUCGGCUUUUUGUAGGGACGGGAUUGGAUUUCAAUGAGGAUUAUAAAUGCGUAAAUGGUAAAUUUGCGGGUAAAUUACAAUGGAGUAUGGUGAGGAAAGCCAAGGAUUUGGGGAAGAGCGGAAGGCAGAGGAAUGAAUCGAUGGUUGAGGCGAUACUUGCUGGAGGGGCUCUGGAAGCAGAAGCAUAGAAGCCAAGCGAACAACAAGUUGGAUAUACGGGGAAUAGUGCCUACUCUGUCACUAUUGCCUCUGUAAGUUUUUACACCUCUGUUAGAGAAAUUCAUGGACUUUGAAGAAUGUCCUCGAAAUAGGCAGUUCUUCUUAUAUCAAGUGACAUAUCCAGAGCAAGACACUGAAAAAGAGGAGAUUCUAUAGCGGAUACUACAGUAUUAUAACCCUCUAGCCCGUGGUCCCAGUCCCUCUGCCUAAUGUCCUAUAUCCAGGGACCUCAGACAUAAAAAGAAAGCUUCUUAGAAAGUCAAAUCACUCUAGUCUAUAAUCUAGCCUUCAAAGCACCAUAUUCCAGCAUACUUGGACAUGUAUCAAUUUCUGAAGAGCGUAGCUAUCCAGGACGCCGGGGGUAUCGGAAAACAUAUAGCGAA